AAUUUUGAUCUAAUUAGCAAAUCGUACCGUGAAUGAACACUAAACACACUAUAAUUGUGUAAUUUAUUAAUUUUAUUAACAUUAUCAAAAGGUUUCAAAACAUUAUUUAAGGUCAAGUACGAUAUGAUAAAAUAAGGAAGACUAUAAAAGCAUUAUAGCGUGGUGAACAAUGAAACGAAAAAAAAAAUUAUUCCUAAUUGGAAUCAGUAGAAGGGAAAAGUCCAGUGUCCAAAAAUAAUAAACGGCAUAUCAUUACGCAAACUAUACCGUCGUCGAACACGUUCAGUACAUAAAAAAUAUGCUUUGACGACGGUAAAGCACACGCCACAUGCCAUCAACACUCUAACACUCGUAGCAUAUUAUAUAGUACACGAUUGUACAGAACUGGACGGCGUUUACCGAAUCGGUCGCAAAACCGGUUAAAAUCUGCACACGACAGUCAUGACCGGACGACCAUCGUGGUGUGGACUCGCGGCCGUUUGCUUGCUGGUGGCUACUGCGGGUUUGCCGCGGCCCGUGCACGCGGCCCGCGUGCUGGCAGUCGAGACGGUGGCCGCCAAGAGCCACUGGAACGUCAUGAAAGGCGUGCUGCACGCCUUGGUUGGCCGCGGCCACGCGGUGAAGGUUUACACGCCGUUCCCGGACCACGGGACGCCGCCGACCGACAACUAUACGGAGGUGGAGACGUCCGCCCAUUACCACAUUAGCGACACGGACGAGACCGCGACGGCUGCUGUCAACAUGAAUGCCUCCGUGGUGGUGCCGCUGUUCGCCCGGACGUCGUUCAUGGUGCCAUUCAUCGCCAACUCUAGCCGUCUCGUGUGCGACAUCAUGGACCGAUUCCUGUCGCGAGACGUCGGCGCCUACGACCUGUUCAUCACGGAACCGCUGGGCAGCGACUGCGUGUCGCACGCGGCACGGCGGCUCGGCGUUCCGCUCGUCUACGUCGUUCCCGCGCCCCUGCUGCCCUGGAUCGAAACGGCCGCGUUCGGCCACUACUCCAACCCGGCGGUCGUGCCGCACCUGUUCGCCGCGUACGCUGUGUCCGACACGUUCUACCGGCGACUGCACAGCGUGGCCAUGCACCUGUACACGGUGGUCGCCAACUACUGGUACACGGCGACCGCGGCUGCCGUCGAACGUCGGCCCUACGACCUCGCGCCGCCCGUCAUACCCGCCCUGGUUUUCGUCAACACUCACCACGUUACCGAACCACCCAGACCCGUGCCGGCGAACCGCGUGGACGUCGGCGGCAUACAUUUGACCGCACCCCGACCGCUGCCGGCCGAUAUUUUAAAAUUUAUCGAGGAAUCGCCAAACGGAGUUAUUUACUUUACAUUUGGUACCGUAGUCGCACUAUCAACAAUGCCGGACCAUAUUCAAAACGCUUUCAAAGAUGCAUUAGCUGAACUUCCUCAAAGAGUAUUGCUGAAAUAUGAAGGAGAAAUGAAGGAUAAACCAAAAAAUGUGAUGACAAGCAAAUGGUUGCCUCAACGAGAUAUAUUGAAGCAUCCCAAUGUAAAGUUAUUUAUUGGCCAUGGAGGUAUAUCGGGAGUCUACGAAGCUGUGGACGCCGGCGUCCCAAUCCUAGGAUUCCCCUUGUUCUAUGAUCAACCAAGAAACAUGGCAAAUUUGGUCGAUGCAGGUAUGGCGUUGUCAUUGGAUUUGUUUUCAGUAACCAAAAAUACACUUUUAAGUGCUAUUAAUGAAAUUAUCAAUAAUGAAACGUAUUCAAAAAAUGCUAAAAUUGUUUCUGAUAGAUUUAAAGACCGACCUAUGUCGCCGGCCGAUUCGGUCGUUUACUGGACGGAAUACAUUAUUCGUCACAAAGGUGCACCGCACUUGAGAUCUCACGCACUUAAUUUAACAUGGUAUCAAUAUUUUUUACUGGACGUUAUAGCAGUUGUAUUAUUAAUAAUUUUAUCAGUUUUUUACACUGCAUUGAAAACAUUGCAGUUGAUAAACAAAAUUAUUUUUAAACCAUCAUCAAAAUCGAAAUCAAAACCGGAUUAAUUAUAAGGAUAAGGAAAGUUUGUGUUUUAAAAUGUAACAUAUUGAUAUUAUAAUAUAUUAUAUUAUAAACAAGUUUAUAAACACCAAAUAUUUUAAAUAUUUUUCUCGUAAGAUUAUUUUUUUCAAAUAGUAACACUAAAAUCAAAUAGCUCUUUAAAAUUUAUAUUGUCUAAUUAUUAAUGGUAGGUAUCUUAAAUGAAAUGCAUUUUUUUUCUAAUUAUUAUUAUUUUAUUGUACGUUUGAAUAAUAGUGUAACGGAAAAUUUAAUCUUACUAAUCUUAGUUUAUAAGCUGAAUAAAUUAUAAAAUAAUUGUUUAAUUGAAUUUUUGUCUAAAAAAAAGCUUAAAAUAAGUAACUGGUAACUGAGUAGUAUCUUAUAAGGCUAUUAACUUAAUGUGCAUAAUAUUAUAUUGUGUUAUUUAACGCCAUCUACCUUUGGUUAUUAAACAAUUUAGAAUUGAUAUAUUGUUAUAAACAUCUACGCAAGAUAGCGCUACACAUUCAUAUUUUAUUUUGUAUGUUGGUUUUAACACGACUUAACGUUUUCGAAUGGGAGUUCGAUUCUAUUUUGAAUAGUAUAAAAAAUGUCCCCUUUAAAAUCAGAAAUAUAUUUUAUAAUUGUUUUAAUCAAAAUUUUUAGCUAAACUUUUUAGUAAAUGGGUAUUUUAAUAUGAUUUAAUACAAUCAAUAUAUUUCUAUAUGUUAUAUUAUGAAAUAUUUAUUUUUAGAGAAUUACAACAGACAAGAUGAGAAGAAAAUGUAGGAAUCUGAAUCUCUAGUCCCUAAAUACUAUUUUGGCUUAUAUUUUAAAAUAAUUCAAUGUUGAUAUUUUUAUGAAAAUUAUAAAAACACCAAAUAAAUAAGUAUAAUUUGAAUAAAUCACUGAAUUUAUCCAUGGUAUUGCUAGUUAUGUAACAGAAGUUUUAUACCUUACUAUUUUCUAUGAAUUUAAAAAUAAUUUUUAAAUUUUUAAUAGAAUAUGUUUAUAAGUAGGGCUCGGAAGUUGAUGAGAAUAUUUCUAAGAUUAGAAACAUUAAAAAGUGACCUAAAAAAAAUAAAUGCAAAAAAUGACCUAAAAAAAUUACAAAUAUUUGUUAAUAUUUAAUAAAAAUAUUUUUUUUUAAAUUGUCCUCUAUUGUCUCUAUUUUACUAUAAAAUUCUAUAUACAUUUAUUAAAGUUUACUAAUUAAUCAAAAUAUGACAUAAAAAUAACAAAAAUGUCCUUAAAAAUUAAAUAAAAAUUUUUCGGCAAUUCGAAAAUAUUACAAAAAAAUAAUAAAAUUUAGGUAUAAUAAUAUUCACUACAACACGACAACGACAACUAUAAUCGGUGAGAUAAAAUCGGAUAGGUACUAAUCUUAGACUUUAGUCCGUGGUAAUUUCAAAGUUCUAAGUAAGUUAUCGGCAUAAUGAUAAGAAGUGAACUAAUGUGAAAUCAGUAAAAAUGAUUAAAAAUGUGGGUAAAUGACCAAAAAAUUUCAAAAAUGACUUAAAAAGUAAUAAACACCAAAAAAUGCAAAAAAAUGCAAAAUAAAAAUUAGUUGUUCAGAUUUACAUGUUAAUGAAACACAUUAGUGGCCAGGAGAGCAUCGUCUAAAAAGUUGCAAAAAAAAAAAAUGUAAAAUGCAUCAAUUUCCGAUCCCUAAAGAAUUAAGGUAAGAGCAUAAAAUUUGAAAACGAAUGUUUUUUUUCUAAAUUGUAAUAAUAAUAAUUCUUAUUUGGUACGAUGGUACGUAGUUAGUAAACACGUUUUGAUUAACAUGCAAUAGACUUAAUAUUUCUUUUGUAUGCUUUUUUCUUGUAAAUACUUUUUUAUGAUUUUGUGUUAAACUAUCAAUUUAUUAAAAUAGUUCAAAUAUAUUUUUCCAACAUAAGAAAUAACAUUUUAAAGGUUGAUAGUAAGAAAUUGAUGACUAUUGUGUUACAAAUUAGGAACGACCGAGAAACGAAAUUACUUGUGUUUGUAUAUAGAUAUAUGUAGAAUCUACAUUGUAGAUAAAGUAUUUUCCAGCGCUGGGUAUAAGGUGUUUGAAAGCUAAUUUAAGUUCAUACUAUUAUAUUUUAUUAAUCCAUUUUUUUAACACUAAAAUAAUAAAAUAAUUAUACAAAAAUUUGAAUUAUUUUACAUUAAAAAUGUUUUUUAUUUAUAUUUUUACUUUUUUUUUUAUUAUACACUUUUAAAUUCGGAA